AUGCGAGAUCAUAAGUUUCUCACGAACGUCGAAAAGUGUAUAUACGCAGCGAUCGAAACAUUACUUCUUGGCUGCAUCGUGGGUAAAAACGGUGUACGCCCUGAUCCGGAAAAGAUCAAGGCGAUUAGCGACUGGCCUGUGCCAGUCGACGUCAAGGGACUUCGAAAGUUCCUUGGCUUGGCAGCGUGCUUGCACAAGUACUCGCGCAACUACGCCGAGAUGACCGUACAUCUCUCUCGCCUGCUAAAGAAAAACGAGAGUUGA